AUGGGUUGAGUUAUCGGGGGAGAGAGGAAAGGUGUGGGUUCAAUUUUCAGUGUUUACUUUAAGCACUGAAUAGGUUCAGCUAAACUCUGACCUAUUCAUUUUGUAGAAAGGCAUGAUUACAUCAAGGGUAUUGUAAAGGAUAUUAUCCAUGGCCCUGGAGACGGUGCUCCUUCAGCCAAGGUUGCAUUUUGUGAUCCUUACAGGUUCAAGAAAAGCGCUGAAGUUUUUGCUGCUGGAGGUAUUCAUACUGAACAUUUCAUCAUUUGUGACAAGAAAGCUCAGCUGAACAUUGGCAAUGUUCUUCUCAUUGGUACAGUGCCAGAAGGUACCAUUGUGUGCUGCCUUGAGGAAAAACUAGGGCACUGUGGAAAAAUGGAUCACGCUUUUGGGAAUUAUGUAACAGUUAUCUCUCACAACCCUGAAACAAAACCUUAUGUAAAAUUGCCUCCUGGAGCCAAGAAGGCAGUUACCUCUGCAAACAGAGCUGUUGUUGGCAUUGUUGCUCAUGGUGGUUAUAUUGACAGGCCCAUCAUAAAGGCAGGCCAUGCCUGCCAACACAGGGCUAAGAGGAAUGCUAGUCACAUGUAUGUCAAUGGUGUGACUAUGAAUCCUAUUGAACAUCCAUUCAGCACUGGUAAAUAUCAACACAUUGGUAAACCUUCUACUAUUAGUAGAGAUGCUCCAGCAGGUCGUAAAGUAUGUCAUAUUGAUGUGCAUCUUACCGAAAGGUUGAGUGCUGCAAAGACCUUCCAAUAA